AUGUAUUCAUCACGGCUCCUGCAACUUUCCAUCUUGGCCCUGUCGCUUCUCGUCGUCGCCCAAGCGGCAUGGCUCGAAGACCUGGCCCAUCUCCGUCCGAGGUCUCUCGUUCGGCGACAGCGAGCCGGUGUUUCCGAUUCGUCCGACACGGACCAGUCCACCGGCUCGUCUCCGGUCGUCAACGUGACCCCUUCCAUCAAGACGUUGACCUCUACCUUGUCGAGUCCCGUCAACAAGCCGUCCUCGUCCGCGGCCGCGGCCGCACCGACAUCCAGCAGGCGGCGAGCCGACGCAACCAGCUCCGAUGCCCCCGCCGAAAACACGUCGCUGCCCACGCCCACUGCUUCGCCGACCACAAGCCCCGACGCCGCGAACCGGAGCCAGAAGACCUCGUCCGAUGCCAGUCCUGCCGCCACCUCGACCAAGGCCGACGAUGAAAACGCGGCGAGCCCGACGCCGACGCCCGUUGUCUCGACCUCGACCUUUGUCGUCACCAAGACCAACAAUGAUGGCUCCCAGACGGUGGAGACGACCCAAAAGCUGACGACGUCGACGCCCGGGCUCAACGCGAGCGACUCGGCCGAGUCGUCGGGCAUGUCGACCAAGACGCGCAACACCGUCAUCGGCGUCGUCGUCGGCGUCGGCGGCGCCGUCGUCCUCGGUGUUCUGGCCCUUGUCGCCUGGAGAAUCUGGGGGCGCAAGAAGCAGUUGGACGAGAACGACGGCCUGAUGGACUUCAACAUCGUGAGCAUGGAGAAGCCGGGCCGUGCAAGCUCUGCCGGACCUCACCAGACUCCCUUCCAGUCCACGUUGGAAAACUACCACCAGCCGACGACGCAGGUCAAUGCAUCUUCCAACUUUUGA